AUGGUAGUCUAUAAAAUUGCUACAAGUUACCACAUUCAGACAGAUUUUCAAAAUCGACUUAUAUCCAUCAGUCAACUACUUUUGGAAGGAAUUCAAUUAGAAGACAACAGUCUGACUUCAGAAAUAGGAAGGGUGAAUUCAAAUUAUUUAAUUGACGAACCACCAGCAUAUGAACCACCACCAGAUUACGAGGCGCCUCCAAAUUAUGAAGAAGCAAUAAAAAUGUACAAGAACUCAAUGAAAAAUAAACAUGACAAUCUAAAAACGGACCUAAUGGAUGUGUAA